GCUUCCAACACCGGCACCAGCUCAAAUAUCGGCACCAGCUCUAGCACCAACACCGGCACCAGCUCCAAUAUCGGCUCCAGCACCAGAUCCAGCCCCAGCACCAACACCGGCACCAGCUCCAAUAUCGGCUCCAGCACCAGAUCCAGCACCAGCCCCAACACCGGCACUAGCUCCAGAUCCAACACCGGCACUAGCUCCAAUAUCGGCUCCAGCACCAGAUCCAGCACCAGCUCCAAUAUCGGCUCCAACACCAGAUCCAGCACCAGCUCCAACACCGGCACCAGCACCAGCUCCAGAUCCAGCACCAGCUCCAACACCGGCACCAGCUCCAAUAUCGGCUCCAGCACCAGCUCCAACACCAGCUCCAAUAUCGGCUCCAACACCGGCACCAGCUCCAGAUCCAGCACUAGCUCCAAUAUCGGCUCCAACACCGGCACCAGCACUAGCUCCAACACCAGAUCCAGCACUAGCUCCAACACCGGCUCCAGCACUAGCUCCAACACCAGAUCCAGCUCCAGCUCCAACACCGGCACCAGCUCCAGCUCCAAUAUCGGCUCCAGCACCAGAUCCAACACCGGCACCAGCUCCAACACCGGCACCGGCACCAGCUCCAGAUCCAACACCGGCACCAGCUCCAGCCCCAACACCAGAUCCAGCACCAACUAUAGCAAUCACAGUUAUAUUCCACAACAACAACAACAACAACAACAACAACAACAACAACAACAACAACAACAACAACAACAACAAAAUUUUCAAUCAUCAAGGGCACAACAUAAUAAUUACCCAUCAUUUAAUAAAACCCAUUCACAAUAUUCAGCUGCUGUCUAGCUAUCCAUCCUUCAAUAGAGAACAAUCACGUUAUACUGCUGCAAAUAGUUCUCCAUCAGCCAAUUUUCCAAAUCAUUGUCCACAACAAACAUUUACACCUUCAAGGGGACAAAAUAAUAAUUACCCAACCUUUAAUAAAGACCAAUCACGUUAUUCUACCGCUAGCGAACCAAAAUCAGUAAAUACUCCACCAAAUAACGAACAAUCAUCAAAGUACCCAUCAUUUAACAAGGAGCAAUCUCGUUAUAAAUGUGAGAGUUCAUCAAAUAAAGCAGAAGAAGAGCGUAUUGAAAAGGAAAAAUUGGAAAAAGAAAAAUUGGAAAAAUUAGAGAGAGAGCGUAUUGAUAAAGAAAGAUUAGAGAAAAUACGUAUUGAAAAAGAAAAAAUCGAACAAGAUCGUAUUCAAAAAGAAAUUUUAGAAAAGCAAAGAUUAGAGAAUGAAAAAUUAGAAAAGGAGCGUUUAGAAAAAGAAAAUAACUCCGAGUGUUGUAUCUGUUACAUCAAAAUAGAUACCACUAAUGCCUCCUUUAUAGAUUGUUUUCAUAUGUUUUGCUAUGAUUGCAUCAGAAAAUGGUGCAUACAAAAUAAUACUUGUCCAUUAUGCAGAGUAGAAUUUAAUCAUAUUCAAAGAGAGGGUCAAGCCGCACAAUCAAUAUAUGAAGUAAGAAUGGAAUCAUUAAAUAAAGGUAACAAUUCUAAUGAUUCCGAUAAUGACUCCGAUAAUGAUUCCAAUUAUGAUUAUGAAUAUGAACCAGAUUCCCAAUCCCAUUCUGACCACAAUAAUAAUUCAUCUUCUGGAUUAGAUUUUAAUGAAUACGAUUACGAUUACGUUUAUGAUUCUCAUUUAAAUCAAUAUGUCCCAAAUGAAUUUUUAACAAAUAAUAACAAUUCAAUUGGUGGAUCAGAUUCCGAAGAAUCCGGUGAUUAUAUGGAUCUCGAUUAA